UAGCAUGUGACCGUGGCGACUCAAACUUCAAAUUCAAUACCAUUGACGAUUUAUCACGUUUUAUGUUUACUUCAGUUUACUUACAAAUGGCAUAAUUAUUUUUGCCGGUGGAUUUAAUAUAAAAGAUAUUAAAUAAAACUAUAAUGAAGCUAGUAAGAUUUUUAAUGAAACUCAGUCAUGAGACUGUGACAAUUGAAUUGAAAAAUGGGACGCAAGUUCAUGGUACAAUUACUGGUGUUGAUGUAGCGAUGAAUACCCAUUUAAAAACGGUUAAAAUGACAAUUAAAAAUCGAGAUCCGGUGCAGUUAGAUACGCUAAGUUUGAGGGGUAACAAUAUUAGGUAUUAUAUCUUGCCGGAUUCAUUGCCAUUAGAAACCUUACUCAUUGAUGACACUCCAAAAGCUAAAGCAAAGAAGAAGGAAGCUGCGAGAGGUGCGACUCGAGGUCGUGGUCGAGGUGGUCGUGGAGCUCGUGGUGGCCGUGGAGGACGUGGACGAGGUCGAGGUCGACGUUAGUAUUAAGAAUGUUUUAACAGCUAAAGUAAUUUUCCUGAUUUAAAUAAUAACAGAUAAAUAAUAACAUUUUUAAUAAUUUUUGUAACUGGAAAUACCUAAACUCUUCUACUUUCAUAAUUAAAAUUAAAUAUAAACAAAUUAAAAAAAAAUGUAUUUAUAAUUUAAA